AUGGAUCCAUCAGCAGACCGGCAUCAGCACAGCACCUUGGAGGUCGAUACCGAGAAGCAGCAUUACGAUAAGUACCCAGAGGUCGACAUUCAAAUGCAGAGCUUGAACAACUAUCCAGAGGUCGCGGUGUCGUACUACCCGGAGGUUUACCAACAUCAGACAGCCUACACCAUUCGCAAGGAGCAGCUCAGCAACAAGGCAAUCUACAUGUCGGCGUGGGACUCGUCGCAUGGAGAGUGGGUAGUAUCGCCAGUAGUGGACGGAACGACGGUCAGCUUGGACGACGUCUCGGAGGGCACGUUGAUCGGGAUGGAUAUAACUCGCAUCCAGGACAACAAACGUACUGUGCACUUGUACUGGACGUCCCCUGAUCCACGGGCCAAGUCUCUGGUCGGACCGGAUAUACCCAUACACAGACUCUCGACCGUCGAUGAGUGGCAGGGCACGAGCGCGAACGAGCUUCAACCAGACCGCGGCCUUCAACCUCUUCUACCGUUCCGACGCGGGCGCUCUGGCGCAGGUGGAAUUCGACGGCGGAGCCCGGACACGACGCUGAGCACGAAGACCCUGGGGCGAAACAUCAGCGCCGAGACAUCCAUCACCGCCUUCGCGACAGGCAUAAGCGCGCCCAACAACUCCGCCCCGCUCCGCUUCCAGGUCCUGACCGUUGACCCCUUGGCGAAGGACGGCGUCCAUCUGACGUACUACGAUACUAAUUUCUCCGAGUUGAACAGCGAGGUGUUGGAUUUAUCUGACUGUGCGCCCUUGGCAUCGAUGGCUGUCAAUAGGGGAUUGAGGGUCUAUUGCCUCGUGGAGAACACACGGGGUGUCGGGAUUGAAGAGUUCGAAUGGAGGGGCGAUGUCAGCGACUUCACGUUGUAUAAUCGUAUUGGAACGGUAGGAACUGUUUAG